UCAUUGGAACAUGGCUUCAUUGCUCCUCCUUCGCCGCGUCUAUUCCCUUACGUGUCCCGCUUUCGUUGAUCGUCUCCGUCGCUCAACUUCAUAGCUUGCCUCUAUAUAAAGCGCUCUUCAAUUCUCUAUUUUGUGUCAGCGUUAGCCAGCUUGUAUGUAUUUUUACGUGAAUUCAACUCGUGUAGGCUUGUGUCAAUUUCCAAGCUGUGUUAAAGAAAGCAGCAAAGCACCACCCAGAAGAGCGAAAGUGAUCAUGGCCUCACAACAGAAAAGAGAGGAACUUGACGCUAGGGCAAGGCAGGGAGAGACUGUUGUUCCCGGUGGAACUGGUGGGAAUAGUCUCGAAGCUCAAGAGCACCUUGCUGAAGGGAGGAGCCGUGGAGGUCAGACAAGGAAGGAGCAAUUGGGGAGAGAAGGGUACCGAGAGCUGGGGAGCAAGGGAGGCCAGACAAGGAAAGAGCAGAUAGGAACUGAAGGGUACCAGGAAAUGGGACGAAAAGGUGGACUCAGCACCACGGACAAAUCAGGAGGUGAGCGUGCUGCUAAGGAAGGAAUCGACAUUGACGAAUCCAAGUACAAAACUAGGAGCCGUAGCCCAUAAGUCUCUGCCGCUACUCUGUUUGCCGGUGUCUGAGUCUUAGUGGUUUUCUAGUACUAAGUUUACUAUUGUCAAGAUCGUCUAGUAUUUCUGCCUUUCUUUUUUUCCCUGUAUGUUUGGGUAGCUUUUUCUUUUGGUUCUAGUGGUCGAGUGGCAUGGCAUGGUGCCCUAGAGGUUUUUACUUGUGCCGGCUACCUUGCUUUCUUGUAUGCUUUGACAGCGUAAUGAACUCUGUUUUUGGAUAAUAUGUUGAAAUGUUUUCACUUUCAUAUUCUG